CAGAUCUUCAGCGUGCGGUGCCGCAGGUGUUCGGGUCGGGUCCAGGGCCGCAGAUUGUGGGGUUAGUGAUAUGCUUUCCUAAACAGCAGGAAAGUUGAAGAUGUCUAAACACUUAGUGGCCUUGACAGUGACCACCCUUCUUGGUGUGGCUGUCGGAGGGUUUGUCCUAUGGAAGGGCUUCCAGCGCCGGAGGAGUAAAUCGAGCCUGGUGACCCGGCGGCGGCUGUCGCAGCAGCAGCAAGUGCCAGGCGGGAGAGAGCUGCCUGCUCCAGGAGAGGACCAGCCGCACUCCAUUGCCCCCAGAGCCUCAUGGGAAGAGAGGAUCCUCGGAGCAAAGGUGAUGACUGUGUCUCAGGAGGCAGAGUGGGAUCAAAUUGAGCCCUCACUCAGGAGUGAGAUACAAGAUUUUCCAGUGCUUGGAAUCGACUGUGAGUGGGUGAAUUCGGAAGGCAAAGCCAGUCCUCUGUCACUCCUUCAGAUGGCCUCUCCAAGUGGCUUCUGUGUUUUGGUUCGCUUGCCCAAGCUGAUCUGUGGAGGAAAAACACUACCAAAAACAUUAUUGGACAUUUUGGCAGACGGCACAAUUUUAAAAGUCGGAGUAGGGUGUUCAGAAGAUGCCAGCAAGCUUCUGCAGGAUUAUGGCCUCAUCGUUAAGGGGUGCCUGGACCUCCGAUACCUAGCCAUGAGGCAGAGAAACAAUUUGCUCUCUAAUGGGCUUAGCCUGAAAUCACUCUCUGAGACUGUUUUGAACUUUCCUCUUGACAAGUCCCUUCUGCUUCGCUGCAGCAACUGGGAUGCUGAGAAUCUUUCUGAGGACCAGGUAAUUUAUGCUGCCAGGGAUGCCCAGAUUUCAGUGGCUCUCUUUCUCCAUCUUCUUGGAUACCCUUUCUCUAGGAAUUCGACUCUAGAAGAAAACGAUGACCACACUGUCUGGAGAAAAAUCUUAGAGAAAUGUCAGGAUGUGGUAGAUAUCCCAUUCCGAAGCAAAGGGCUUAGCCGAUCAGGAGAAGAGGUUAAUGGGGAAGCAACAGAAUCUCAGCAGAAGACAAGAAAUAAGAAGUCCAAAGCUGAUGGAAUGAUGCCAGGCAACCACCAAGGGAGAGACCCCAGAAAACAUAAAAGAAAGCCCCUGGGAGUGGGCUAUUCUGCCAGAAAAUCACCUCUCUACGAUAACUGCUUUCUCCACGCUCCUGAUGGACAGCCCCUCUGCACUUGUGAUCGAAGAAAGGCUCAGUGGUACCUGGACAAAGGCAUCGGAGAGCUGGUGAGUGAAGAGCCUUUUGUGGUCAAGCUGCAGUUUGAACCUGCGGGCAGACCCGAAUCCCCAGGAGACUACUACUUGAUGGUUAAAGAGAACCUGUGUGUGGUGUGUGGCAAGAAAGACUCGUACAUUCGGAAGAACGUGAUCCCGCACGAGUACCGGAAGCACUUUCCCAUCGAGAUGAAGGACCACAACUCCCACGAUGUACUGCUGCUCUGCACCUCCUGCCACGCCAUCUCCAACUACUACGACAACCACCUGAAGCAGCUGCUGGCCAGGGAGUUCCAGGCCCCCAUUGGCUCCGAGGAGGGCUUGCGCCUGCUGGAGGAUCCUGAGCGCCGGCAGGUGCGUUCGGGGGCCAGGGCCCUGCUCAACGCCGAGAGCCUGCCUGCGCACCGGAAGGAGGAGCUGCUGCAGGCGCUGCGAGAGUUUUAUCGCACAGACACGGUCACGGAGGAGAUGCUUCAGGAGGCAGCCAGCCUGGAGACCAGGAUUUCCAAUGAAAACUACGCUCCUCACGGGCUGAAGGUGGUGCAGCGCCACACCCAGGGCGGGCUGCGCUCCCUCAUGCAGCUGGAGAGCCGCUGGCGGCAGCACUUCCUGGACUCCAUGCAGCCCAGGCACCUGCCCCAGCAGUGGUCGGUGGACCACAACCAUCAGAAGCUGCUCCGGAAAUACGGGGAGGACCUUCCCAUCAAGCUGUCAUGAUCGCUGCCUCCCUUCUGGGUUAGGACGCCUGGGAAGCUGGAGUGGGGGGGUGCCAAGUCACCUCUUCCUGUUUUAAUGUCAUUGUCAGAUUCUGGUGACACAACUCACAAUACUAACCCGUCGUGAUCAUCCCAGGAUGCUUCUGGUGGAGCAAGGCUAUGCUUUCAGGGGUACUCCUGGUUUUGAAUUUCAGCUGGGCAGAGUGAGAAUUCUCUAUUCCGCCUUUUUCUGGACAAAUGGGAACCUUGGCCUUCAUAUUUUUCCCCCUCUCCCUAUAAUGCUUUCCCUAUACAGGCAACACAUGAAGGAUUCUUCCUGAAGUGUCUUGUUAAGACUCUCAAGUUUUUAAUAUUUUUUCUUCCCUGUCCAGCGUGUUGGUUUAUCUCAAACAGGACCUGUGAAGUAUUUCAAUCCCACCCGGUUAGGAGGGAGAAAAAAAUAAAACGUUCUUCUAGAGGUUGGAGAGGUGGAAAGGGGUUGGAUUCAUAUUCCCAGUUCAGCCUCAUGAUUAGAAGUUCUUCGGCUUGAUGCUAUGCUGGAGCUCACCUGGAUGGGGACCUGGCCCAGCUGGGCUGCUUCGGUUUAUUACACAUCCUUGAAAAUGCUCCCCUUUACUCGUUCAGUCCCAAGGCAGCACCUUCCUGCCAUGAGUUUUCACCCUAGCACUGGAGGGGAUUCUUUUCUGGAAAGAGGCCUGGUUGGGCCACAGAGAAGCUCAAGCACCGUCUCCCUAGAGAACUGGGAUGAUUUGCUCAGCUUUUGGCUGUUUGUUGCAAUCCUCCUGCCCAGAAUGUCAAGGUUUUUGGCUAAUCCCGUUCUGAGAGGAAGAUUAUCUUUUCUCAGAAUCAGUAUCUGGUCCCUUCAGUGUUCUGUGUUCUAUCAGAUUUGCAAUACUGACCUCUUUUAAGCUCUUUAAUUCUCUCCAAGAGCCAUUUAGUCAGGUUGCAGUGAGAGGAUUUCUCCAUCUCCCAUCUUGCCUGGGACACUGGGAUUAAUUAAUCCAUUUUGAUGUUCAAAACGGUGGUGUUUCUCAUCUUUCUAAAUGUGAGGCCACCACUUUUAGCAUGAAAUCAACUUAUUAGUGAUUAGUAUCUUUUUUAAAGUAUAACGAAAACUUUCUUACCUUACAAGAUUUUAACAAGCUUUAAAAAAAAAAUUUAUGGCCAGAAUUAACAGGAACUCUGUUUUGGAACUGUGCCUGAGUUGGUGAUAGCUGCUCUAACAUUGAUAAGUAAACAACUUCUAAGCACAAAGUUCACGAAUUGUAAAUGUAAAACUUUUUGCUUUAUAACUUUGUAAAAUCAGUGAAUACUCUUGGGGAGGGAGAUCUUUAUCCUGUAGGUCCCUGCCGUGUGGCAGCCCAUGGUGUGUGCUAAGUUGCUUCAGUCGUGUCUGACUCUGUGCGACCCUAUGGACUGUAGCCUGCCAGGCACCUCUGACUGUGGGAUUCUCCAAGCAAGAAUGCUUGAGUGAGUUGGCAUUCCUUUCCAGGGGAUCUUCCCCACCUAGGAAUUGAACCCACAUCUCUUAUGUCUAACCUGCAUUGGCAUGCAGGUUCUUUACCACUAACGCCACGUGGGAGGCCCAUGGCAUGUAUGCACCGACUCCCCUACCCCAUCCCACCGCUCCCCACCCUGCCUCCCCCCCACCCCUAGCUUUGACCCCUGGACAGCAGCCCACCACCCAUGCAUAUCUUGCAUUUUUUUCCUCUUCCCUUCCCACCCAUCCUCAAAUAGGUGUU